AGAGCAAUCUGUCCCUCCUGGAAUGGGUCUUGUUUGUAGGCAUGCAUCAGGGAAGCUAAGAAGUGCAUUAAGAUAUACAUCACUAAUCACUAUUGUCAGCCAGGUACAGGUGCAGGUUCACACCCACAUAGGGAAAAGCCAAAAAUGUUUGUAUAGGAUUAUUCAUGAGCUGUAUGGGCAGGGAAUUCAGUCAUGUGACAGAACAGAAACUUGAGACUUGACUGUGUCAUCUGGUGAGUUUUACUUCUCCUAUGAAAUGAGUAAGUGUCUACUACAUGCUGGAGAGAGGAACACACAGACACAACGCAUGUGGAAAUGAGUCCUGUGUCCGUCACUGGGAUAACACACUGACAGGCUCGCACAUGAUCCAUACAGCACUUGGAUAAAAUGGAAACAUUCAACAAGUUGGCAGCUCCAGCUGGUCAGAAAUUCAGGCAGCUACAGAAGAUGGUGCAUGACAUAAAGAAAAAUGAAGGUGGGCUAAUGCAAAAGUUAAAAAAGUUCCAAAACGAUCAGGUGGCGAUAAUUUGUAAAACUGGGAAAGAUACGUGGGAUCGUAUAACAAAGCAAGCUCCACCAAGUGUACCAAGAAGAGACUAUGUGCCAGGCACCGGAGAGGAUGAAGAGGAGUGGUCCGAUGAAUUUGGAAGUGACUAUGAGAGUCCAGAUGAACAUUCUGAUACAGAAAAUUACGUGGUUCCAUCAGAAGAUCAAACAGAUGACAACUAUGAACCUCCACCCAAUCCAAAUGAUAAUAUCCCUUCAUCGUUUAAGUUCACUGACCGGAAUGGGGGAUACGCAGAUAAACAAGUAAACCGCCAGCUACCCAGCCUUCCUAGUGAACAAAUUAACAAGUUCACAAGGCCACUGCCUAAGCCAAAUGAGUCCUUCCCAAAACCGCCCCCAAAAUUACCACAAGCACCCAAUCGACUGCACACACCGAACAAACCGGUACCAAAGCCUUUGCCAAAGCCAGGUGUAUCUGCAAGACCUCAGCCUACAUCGUUACCACCACCUAUGAUCAAAAAGCCAGUAAGCCCACCAGAGCAAGAUUGUGAGGAUGAGGAAAACUACAUUAUGCCAGAAGAUGAUAAUUAUAUUGAACCUACCCAGAACCCACCUAUACCGCCACCUUUUAAACCUCCAACUGUGAACAGAGAAAACAAGCCCACUUCACGGACCCCCGCAAAGUCUCAGAACAAGCACCUUCCUGAAGUACAUGAGCCUGUGGUGUAUGAAGUCCCUGAAACGGAGUCAAAACCUUCACCACCUGUAACAAGGUUAUCGCAACCACUUCCUAGAAGGAAUUCUCCACCAAAAUUGGAUCCAGAUCAAGAGUAUGAAGUGUGCGAUGACUUUGUGAGCAGACCGGAACCACCAAGUAAAUCCAUUCCAUCCCCUCUUCCGCGGAAUAUAAAACCCAAACCUCAACCAAAACCGAAAACACCAGGUUUGCCCCCAAAGGACAUGAACAGCAAUACUGAACCUCCCUCAGUUUUACAGCGCAAAAGAGUACCUAGUGCUGGGACAGAACCUCCCACAGUGCCCCUUCCUUCAGCUCAUAAGUUACCAGUCCCGGUUCUCAAAUCUGUCAUAUCUGUACAAAAACCUCCAGAAGUAGUAAAUCGCUAUGUGGUUGCCCAGAGUCGACAUGACAGUAUAGUGGAACAGGGUGCUGGCGUGCUUAAUAAGGAAUGGUAUGCAUCCUCAUUUGAUCGUAAAGCAGCAGAAGACGCUUUGCAAGCGACAUCCAAAGAUGGCUCUUUCCUAGUGAGAAAAAGCACAGGCCAAGACUCUAACCAGCCCUUCACACUUGCAGUGUUAUACAACAGAAGAGUAUAUAAUAUUCCAGUGCGAUAUAUUGAGUCUACCCAACAGUAUGCUCUUGGAAGAGAGAAAAGCGGAGAAGAGAAAUUCAACAGCGUUGCAGAGAUUAUUGAGAAUCACCAGCGAAACCCUCUGGUGCUAAUCGACAACCAGAACAACAAGAAAAACUUCACAAAGUUAAAACAUGUUGUUAAAACCUCUUAAAGAUGUUUUGAGCACGUCAGCAGUCACAUCUAAACGGACGAUGUACAUGACUACAGUAUUUGUUUCUGAAACUAGCAAAAAUGAUAAAGAAGAAACACAAAUCGUGUAUGUGUAUAUAUAUAUAUAUAUAUAUAUUUCUAGAUCACAACCAAAGACUAUCACCUUGACACUUAAUAUAAAUGACGUAAUCUUGUGUGAAUAAAUCAAAUUUAAAGUA